ACCGAGAGCACAUGUGUGCAGCCCUGGGCCCCGGUCUCGUCCCGCUGCCCUGACGUCUGCCUGAGCCUGUAUUGCCUUGCCAGGAUGCUGCUCCCUCUGCUGAUCCUCCCCUGGGCAUGGGGGGCCCUGGCUGCCUCCCCUCCUGUCCCCCCAGGGUCUCUCACUCUCCGGCUGCUCCAAACCAUCAUCUUCCACAACACCAGCUCCACGGACAUGGCGGGGACGGCCCUGCUGGGCGACCUGGAGACCCACUCCCUGGACUGCAGGCCCUGCAAGGUCCGUUUCCUGCAGCCCUGGGCCCAGCAGGGCCUGACCCCGAAGGAGUGGCAGGACCUGGAGGAGUUGAUCUAUCGCUACCUGUCUGACUUCAUCCGUCUGAUGAAGGAACUGGUUGAGGAGGAAGGAGAGGGCUACCCCUUUGUUACCCAGUUCUCCAUCGGCUGCGAGCUCCACCCCAACGGCACCUCGAGGCGAUUCUGUGAUGCUGGGAUGAACGGCGAGGACUUUGUCAGCUUUGACACGGACAGCGGCAAAUGGGUCACUCAGCGGGGGGAUAAACUGACGCUCAAAGCCCUGGAGAGUCUAAACUACAACAGAGUUGUGGCCGUCAUGCUUCAGUUUCUCCUGAGAACGACAUGUGUCAAUCAGCUCAAAAGCUUUGUCCAGCACGGGAAUGAGUCUCUGGCGAGGCAAGAGAAGCCGGUCGCCGUGGUGUUUGCCCGAGUGCCUCCCCCAGCCGGGACCCCCGCGCCGGUACUACUGGUUUGCCGGGUCACCGGUUUCUACCCCCGGCCCGUCCGCGUGGCCUGGCUGCAGGACGGGGAGGAGGUGGCGCCGGGCGGGCGGCUGAACUCCAGUGGGAUCCUGCCCAACGCGGACCUGACCUACCAGCUGCGCAGCUCCCUGGCCGUGGAGCCGGGCGCCGGGCACAGCUACGCCUGCCGGGUGCAGCACAGCAGCCUGGGGGGCCAGAGCCUGCUGAUCCCCUGGGAGCAGAGCAGGCCCUGGGGCCCCGGCCUGGCCGUGGGCAUCACCCUGGGGGUUCUGGCCGUAGCCGCCGUGGCCGCGGUGCUGAGGUGGAGCAGACGCAGGGGCUACCAGGACGUUAGACAUAGGGAGUCCAGUCUCUGAAGGGGCGGCACCGGCCCAGGCAUGGGGAUCGGCCCCUCCCUGCGGACAUGGACCUUGGGGCUGGAUGUGUUCCUGGCUCCAGAACUCAGGGCCCAAGGACAGGACUGGAUCAAGGCGCUGGGAGAUCGGGGCCCUGUGUGGGGGGUGGGAUUCUCCUCCCUCUAGGACAUUCAGGGACAUUUGAAGGACUGUGGAAUCGCUGGAUUUCAGGAUCUGCAGGGAGCCGGCACUGGCCUCUUCCAUUCAAUAAACCCUUCUGGGAGGGGCUACCAGGUGGACCCCACGGG